CACCAUAUCGCCAUUUUCUUCUGCUGCACCGGUGGACCUGUGAAAAGGUUGCGUCUUCGUGUUUCGUUCCUGUUUCAUAUGAAAGGCCCUUGCAAUUGACAGUUUUUUUUUAAAUUGACAGUUUUUUUUUAAAUUGACAGAAACGUUGCCCUUAAAAAGGUCUGUGUGCUGUUACUGUCAGUUGUUAUUCCCGAAAUCGGUGGAAUAUGUCGUCAGAAAGCCCCGAAUACUCUCCGUUCUUCGCAGUGAUGGGAGCCUCUGCGGCUAUGGUUUUCAGCGCGCUGGGGGCAGCCUAUGGAACGGCUAAGAGCGGCACGGGCAUAGCUGCCAUGUCGGUGAUGCGGCCCGAACUCAUCAUGAAGUCCAUCAUUCCUGUGGUUAUGGCUGGUAUCAUUGCCAUAUAUGGGCUGGUGGUGGCGGUUCUCAUCGCCAACAACAUUUCCGAAAAGGUCACCCUCUACAAGAGUUUCCUCCACCUUGGUGCUGGGUUGAGUGUGGGACUGAGUGGGCUGGCAGCAGGUUUCGCCAUCGGGAUUGUGGGCGACGCAGGUGUUCGUGGUACAGCCCAGCAGCCAAGGCUAUUUGUGGGCAUGAUCCUGAUCCUGAUCUUUGCAGAGGUUUUGGGGCUUUACGGCCUUAUUGUGGCUCUCAUCCUCUCCACAAAAUAAUAACAUAAUUGAGGAGUCAUACCGUCUGUCCGUGUACGUCGAGUCAACGAUACGUCAUCCAUUCCAUAUGUAAACAACAAUGAAAUUAUGAACAAAUUGGAGAAUAGGCCUACUCCCAGUUCCAAAUCAACUCCCUUCAGCCUCUUCUUCCGGAUGACACUUAGAUUGUCCUUUCUAGAUGGAAUAGAUUGGAUAAGUACUGUGGUAAAUGUAAAGCCACCUCUUACAUUGCUUAUUCAAACCAGUCAUCUAUGAGGAAGGCUUUUGAAGUAUUAUGGUUUGUGUUCCAUAUGACACCUGAUUCCCUAAAUAAUGCAAUACUUUUGAACAGAGUCAUAGUGCACUAGUCAAAAGUAGGAUACUAUGGAGUGCAAAAUUGGGAGUAAUGGGGUUGGUUUGGGCUGGAAGCGGAACUCGUGUCCUCUAUACUUUUCCUGUUGUAUCUUUUUUUCGUCUUGUAAAGUGGGCCUUAAGUCCCAGUAGUUCAACCCCAUGUAAAUUCGCUCUGUAAAUGUAGUGUCCCGUGUGUGCUUGAGUAUAAGACUUUACCCCCAUCCUACAGCCUUUUUUCAUUUGUGUUUGUUGGUUUUUGGUGACUGUUCUUUUAAUGUCCAAAGAGCUGACUGUUGGACAAACAUUUUCUUUUGUUGUUUUUCUGGGGACCAUUUUCACAUCAGCGUCAAAAGGACCUUACUAUGAGGACAUGGAAAAUGUUUUUUUUCUCAAAUUAUUUAUGAAGCUCUUGAAAUGUUAAUGAAACUGUUUAAAUGGAACAAAGUCUUUAUUGAAUUCCUAAUAUUAUAUAUCUAUAUUAUAAAUAUCUGUGUAUAGCUAGAUGAAUUGCACUGUCUAAUUGUUAUAAGUGCUUGGAAUUCCUCUGGUUUAUGUAUCAAGUGGUUACUAUGGAGAUUGUCUCUGGUGUCCAGAUGUUGGAGUGGUAGUUGACUGUUUGUUUAUGGCCAGCAUGUAAAGAAGCGUGUGUGUGCGUGUGUAUGUUUGUUUUAACUCUAAUAUGUCAUUCUCAAUACUCAUUCGUACCGUUGACCUGUAGUACGGCUGUGCCCGUGUGAUUGCGGUUUCUCACUGUCGGGCCUCUUCUGUCUGAUUUCCAAAUAAAUCUCUAUCUCCAAACCACA